AUGGGAAAAAAGAAGCAGCGCAAUCGUACGUCUGGGCGGAACGGCGGGGAGGAGACGUUGCCGUCCUCGAAGAUCCCCUCUGGCCGUUCUAAGCGUAAUGGCGAUGCAGGUUUGAACGGCAAGAAGGGGCUGAUGGCGGGGGGAGCCUUUGCGGCCUCCCUGCUGGCUGUAGGGCUAGAACUUCGCGACGUUGUAGCAGAUGGGAACUGCCUCUUUAGAGCUGCAUCUGACCAGCUGUUUGGAGAGCAGACGCAGCACAAGAAAGUGAGGGCUGCAGCCGUGGAGUAUAUGGCGGCUCAUGCCGAUAUCUUCGCGCCUUUCACGGACUGCGACGAAGAGCCUUUCGCGCGGUAUCUCCGGCGUAUGGCAGCGGAUCGCACGUGGGGGGGCCAGCUGGAGCUGCAGGCUAUUUCCCUCGCCUUCGGAGUGAACCUGCUGAUUUACGUUGCUCCUCCCGAAGACGAAGAGGACGCCGCUGAGGAGCCUAGGAAUGCCAGCUGGAGGACAGCCUCCACGAAGGCUUCAGACGCGCAUUCCAAGAGCGACCAGCGCAAAGGCAAGUGCACUGGAAGGGCCAAGUCUGAGCCGUCCGAUGUGGAGGCAGAGCCGCAGUGGAAGCUCUGGCGCAUGCAGAAUUUUGACGCUAAAGCCGUAUGUCUACAGGUUGCCUUCCAUCCGGAUACGGAGCACUACAGUUCCGUGAGAAUCGUGGGAACCUCCCCACAGGCUCCAAGCACGCUCACCCUCGAGCAACUCGAGGCUUAUCGGGCGAAACAACCCCAGGCACGCUGCUGCAGCAGCAGGGAGCUGCACGAAGACGCAUUGCUCCAACACCUCCUCCGAGCAGCUACGCUUGCAGAGGCUUCUCAACCCCUGUGUCCAGCCUGCACUGCCUGCUGUCACGCAGCUCAGCGUCUAGGGGCGCUUACAGCGCAAUUCAACACCCUCGACUUUGAGGGCAGCACCCUUUCUCAACACUGUCUCCCCACUGGCAAAGAGCCAGAGCGACCGCUCGUCGAAAAAGCUCCAAGACAGAAUCCAGGAGACUCCUCCUCCGUGUGCCUCAGAGGCCAAAGCUGCUUCGCAGCCGCGUGGAAACGCUCAAGAACAACACCCUUGAAGAUCGAGAGUAGCAACAGGGGAAGGGUGUCUGGCAGAUCUGCGGCUGUUGAGGAAUUCGAUGUGGCGAAUAGCGGGAAACUCGGCAACGGAGAGAGCGGUGGCAGCCUCGGCCGCUGCUCGAGGAGCAGCGAUAGCAGCAGCAGCAGCGAUUGCGCACAUUUCAGGAGGCGCAGUGUGGAGGGUUGUGCUGCUGCACUUGCAGGGGCCUCCUUGGGUGGCUUGUUUUCUGCUACAGACUCCCUUGGCUCCUAUUUGAUGGGCUGCCCCUCUUUGGCUUCCGCAGACGCGGCAGUCCCCGCCUUGGCCUUCUCGCCUCCCCGCAAAGGAGCGUCCAUUGCAACAGCGAGCAGCACGAAGCGGACCGUAUUCGCAACACCGGCUACAAGAGCAGCAGCAGCGUCCAAAGGAAUUCGAGUAUUCUCCAAGGAACUCCCUUUGACUCCGUCUUCUAGCAUUUGGACGGCCCCCGCGGCGGCUUUUCGCGUGAAGAUACCACCCCCCUCUUGCAACAGAAGAGCUCGUUCUUUGCCGCCUUUGCGAAUCCGUUUGCUGCCUUGCGCACGCGUGUGGCUAGCUGGUGAAGCAGCCUCGGCAACAGCUGCUGAGGGGGCCCCCUCCUUGUGCGUCGCCUCCGUCCCAGACGGAGGGGCCCCCCCCUCAGUUGUGGCGGUUCACGGGGGGCUUGCAGAGUCUCGUUUCCGCGCAGAUUCUUGCGAAGGGGGGGGUCGUCGCGAUGGAGGAUGCGCUGCUGCUCAGGGAGCUGCAGCGCUGCUGCCGCCAGGCUCUCCACAGCAGCAGGCGCAGCACGUGGCGAGGAAGGGGAAAGUUACAAAGCGGGAACGCGCGGAACUUAAGAGAGCAAAGCGGCUGCAGAGGGAACAGAGCCGAUUGGAGCGUCGACGCAUAGCGGCGUCUCGUGGACUGUCAGGUGAGAAUGGCGGCACCCUGCCCGAGGGAGAGGGGAGCCCCCCAGACUUGGAUGGCACUAUGCAAAAACUCGCUCACAUGACGCGCUGUAGAGGCAGUGCCUCCGGCAAUUUGAGAGGUCUCUUGAGGGCCCCUGCAACAGCUUAUUACAGAGGACGACGGCUAGCUCACAGGUGCAUAGCAGGUGCUGCAAAAAGGUUGUGGACUCGGGUAGCGAGCCCAGUUGCAGAGCGGUCUCGACAGCCGUUGGCGCACCGCGUUUGUCAGUCCUUAGUCCUUACUGGGGAGGUCAGUUGCGUAUUUUUCGCAGGCCUCCGCUAUGGCCGCCUAGUGUCGCGAUUUUCUGCGGCUCUGUGCCGUGCACACACAGUGCACCCAAGCCAUGCAUCAUCGCAAGCCCCACUGCGAGGAGCUGCCAACGCACUCUCCUGUGGCACCCCUCCAGAGCCCGCUGCACACGAGGUAGCUUCCCACAGAGGCCAGAACAGCCCCUCACUGACAGCAGCCAGCCGAUGCCAUUACCCGCAGGGCCCCACUAAUGGGGCCCUCACCUCAAGAGCGCUUAAACAGGUCUACUCCGUAAAGGGAGAAAUUUCAUAUGGGGAACCUUCCGGCAGACAUGCCCUUCUUGAGGCCACCUGUUCGGUAGCAAGGCCCCCGUAG